CCGGUUUAGUAUCGUCACGCUGCUGCAGACAUGAUGUACCAACAUUUGAAUGCAUGAACCUCUUUAGUCAAGAGAUACGUUCACCCUUGUGUCAUUUUUCCUGAGAGUGACACAAUCCGAACACAAACAGUUAAACUGAGGUUUGAUUAUUGGAUUGCAUUUUCACAGAUUAUCGUUAAUAUUUCCGCUGACUGAAUGGCAGACCUGGAGGAAACAAGCACAACACAUGUGCUGGAAGUGUUUUUAGAGCUGAGAAAAAGGCUGCAGAGUGGACUCCUCAUUGUCGGGAAAGCUGUAGCCAGGUGUCCUGCUGAUGUGGUUGUGACAGGUGUAGAGUCGUCCCUCUGCAUCCGGACUCUGCGCGGUGAGCUGAGCCUGGCUUUGCCAGCAGGAGUCGCUUUGGAGCAGGGCUCCUGCAUUCCGACACCAGCGGGAGAAUCGCGUGAUAAGGAGCUGCAUUACAGACUGCGCAUCACUGUUGCACGGAGCCCAGACGAAGAGGCUCCUGUCACUGUGAUGGAGGCACUCCGGGCAAAUGAGACUUAUUGCUUCCACUGCCAAAGCUGCAUGACCAGGCUGCUGGAGGACAGAGAGUUUAAGCGCGUGCUGCCUCUCCCUAAUGGCAACUGGAACGCCAUUGUGGACGACUGGUGUUGCCACCCGGAUCCGUUCGCUAAGAAGUUGCUGCCCAGAGCCGAGGAUUGUUUAGUGGGCGACACCUUCCUCCUCCUUCACAGAGACGACAGCUGUGAUCAGACUCUCACAGACGAGGUGGGGCCUGUUGGUGUCGAGGACAGUCACGAUCCAAAGAAACCCUGCCACCGACUGGCCCUUGUCUACUGUAAGAGCUGUUCUUCAGUUCUGGGAGAGGCCAUUGCACCAGGGAUCCUGAAGCUGUACUUCACACAGGUGGUAGUGGAGACCGCAGUGGGAGACAGGAAGGCCGACACAGACUCACUUGACAGAUCCCUAUUCGUGGAGAGGACAAUAGCAGCCAGGCUGUUGGAGCUGUCCACCUCACUGAGCACCUUCCACUUCGCCGUCCAGACGCCUGAUGAGAAGAACUUCUUACUGCUCUGGCUGCUGAACAGUGACUCCAUCAUAGCGUCGGUCCCAGAGACGCGUGUCGAGGGUGUGAAGUCUGUCGGCUCCACUGCUCUUCACAGUCCAUCGCCCAGAGCUGUCGGAGCCCUGAAAGUCCUCUAUGUUGUCUGCUCCAACCCGGGCCCCCAGCAGAGAGACAUUAUGUCUAGUUGGGAGGUCAAUGUCAUCGGACAUCCUGUGGUGCUGCCCCUGAAGGUGUGUGAGGAGCUGCUGCAAGUGAUAGAUGACAGCAAUUCUGCACUCCCCGGGUCGAUGCGUCACAUGAGGUCCUAUGAGGUGGCGUACCUGAGACUCUGAGGGAAUGGAGAACACAGACACGACGACGAUAAAGCAGGCAUGAAAUUGUUUGUCAUGCUUGUCUGCUUUUUGGAUUUUGGUUGCUUGUGUCAACAUGUUUGAUUGUUCAUAAUCACCGUCACGAAGAAUCAUGUUGACACAGGUUAUCGUUGAGCUCCUUAAUGUUAACACACUUCCAGUGAAAGCAAAAGUGGAAGAGGAUGACGACAUCAAAAUACUGUAGUUCUCCGUAGAACAGAGAGUUGCAUAUUUCUCCGUUUAUACUUUUUAUCGUACAAUAUUGUUUAACAAACUGUAAAUGUACUGUGUAGGUUCAUCCAUUUCUAAACUCUGUUUUGUAUCACUGACGGAUUAAACUGUUGUAUUUUUGAAAGUA